AUGUCGACAGCACCAUCGUCGUUACAGACACCAGCCGCGUCGUCAAUACCCGAGCAUCAAACACCUCAAAAUAUGGCCGCAAGGGGAGGAGAUCCAGCUCCAACUACAGAUUCGAAACGUAACUAUAAGGGCUUUGUGGCUGGGGUGUUCUCUGGAAUUGCAAAGCUGAGCGGUAUUGUUUGGUUUAGAUUCGAUACGGUCAAGGUCCGCCUACAGACGAGUAAAGAUGGGCACUUCAAGGGACCGUUAGAUUGCGUACUGCAGACGGUGCGGAAAGAGGGUGUUAGUGGAUUAUACAAGGGAGCGACACCGCCGCUGGUCGGAUGGAUGGUGAUGGACUCUGUCAUGCUUGGCUCCUUGACGUUGUAUCGCCGGUUGCUCCUCGAGAACGUAUUCUCUAACCCCGAGAUUCGCCGGAUAACACCAUUUGCCAAAUACCAGCCUGAUCUGCACACAUUACCCAGCUUUGGUCAUGGAAUUGCAGGAAUCUUGGCCGGAACGACAGUCAGUUUUAUCGCCGCGCCUGUCGAACAUGUCAAAGCGCGGCUUCAGAUCCAGUAUGCUGCCGACAAAUCGAAGCGCAUGUACAGCGGGCCGAUCGAUUGCUGUCGCAAGAUUUUUCGCACGCAUGGAAUCUCCGGCUUAUAUCGUGGCCUGUGCGCCACGAUAUUCUUCCGUUCCUUCUUUUUCUUCUGGUGGGGAUCCUACGAUGUGCUAUCUCGACUGAUGCGGGAGCGGACGAGCCUGUCCACCCCGGCCAUUAACUUCUGGGCCGGUGGUAUCUCGGCGCAGAUCUUCUGGAUUACCUCGUAUCCGUCCGACGUGGUGAAACAGCGCCUGAUGACUGACCCAAUGGGUGGUGGCCUGGGCGACGGGCAGAGACAGUUCCGGUGGUGGAAAGAUGCUGCGGUGGCGGUCUAUCGGGAGCGCGGGUGGAGAGGAUACUGGAGAGGGUUCGUACCCUGUUUCCUGAGAGCAUUUCCGGCGAAUGCGAUGGCCCUGGUUGCAUUUGAGGGUGCCAUCAUGGCCGUCGCACGCCCAAUGCGACGUACAAGUCCUAUCACCUUCCUCCUCGCAGCUUUGCUAGCCUUCGGAUUCCUCUUCUUCCUCCUCACCCCUUCCUCCUCCUCCUCCGCCGCCAUCACCACCACCACCGGCGACACGUCUCAGCACCGACGACAAGACGCUGCAGACCACCCUCUCUCCCCUCCGACAAAGCCCUUCCUCAAGUCCCAACCCAUCCGCAAUGACGGCCACGAAGCCCCUCCACCAGUCGUCCACUACGACCUCAACCAACUAACAACAACCAGCGACUCCGCUCAAAAGGGCGAACGAGUGCUAAUUCUCACCCCCCUAGCCCGCUUCUAUCAAGGCUUCUGGGACAACCUCGUGCAGCUAAACUACCCCCACGAGCUGAUCUCCCUCGGCUUCAUCAUCCCCAACAACAAAGAAGGCAGCACAGCCAUCACGGCCCUCGAAGCCGCCAUCACAAAGACCCAGUCGGGCCCCAUCCCCUCCCGUUUCGCCAGCAUCAGCAUCCUCCGCCAGGACUUCGAGCCCCCGCUCCAAUCCCAGGACGAAAAAGAACGCCACAAACUCGCCAACCAGAAGGCCCGCCGCGAGUCCAUGUCCCGAGCCCGCAACUCCCUCCUCUUCACCACCCUCGGCCCCGCAACCUCCUGGGUCCUCUGGCUCGACGCCGACAUCGUCGAGACUCCCCCCUCCCUAAUCCAAGACCUAACCAGCCACAGUUACCCCGUUAUCGUCCCCAACUGCUACCAGCGCUACUACAACACCGAGCAUAAAAAAAGGGAGGUCCGGCCCUACGACUUUAACUCGUGGAUCGAUAGCUCGAACGCCCAGGCCCUGGCCGAGAGUAUGGGGCCCGAUGAGAUUCUCCUCGAGGGAUACGCCGAGAUGCCCACGUACCGGACGCUUAUGGCCUAUCUGGCCGAUACGGAGAGUCCCAACCCCCGCCGGGUCAUUGAGCUGGAUGGCGUGGGCGGCACGGCGUUGAUGGUCAAGGCGGAUGUGCAUCGUGAUGGGGCGAUGUUUCCGGCGUUUCCGUUUUAUCAUCUGGUUGAGACGGAGGGGUUUGCGAAGAUGGCUAAGAGAUUGGGGUAUGGAGUUUUUGGGUUGCCGGAUUAUUUUGUGUAUCACUACAAUGAAUGA